AUGUGUCUCACUGGAGAGGUCUGGUACAUGUGCAAGAAACUUGAUCAAAUAGAUACAAAUGCAAAAUUUGAUUCUAAGCUUGAGACGAUUAAGAGUGGUCUGCUACUAGACUGCGGAUGCCUGCAGCAGUAG